AUGGAUCAAGGCCAGGGUUUGGUGGAUAGAAUAAGUGAGUUAGAGGAUGGAAUACUUGGAAGAGUAGUUUCUCGCUUGCUGCUAAAACAAGCAGUUGCUACUAGUGUCCUUUCCAAACGAUGGCGCUACGUGUGGUCGCAUACUAGAACCUUGAACUUUCACGAGGCCUAUAGGUUCCCUGAGGAGCCGCUCGAACCAGAGAAGCGAAAAGAGAAGUACGUGAAGUUCGUCGAUCAUGUUUUGAAACACCACACAGGGGGACAUGUAGACUAUUUUCUGGCUCUUUUUGAUGUGGAAAAAGAUAAAUCUACAAAUACAACAGUAAGUAAAUGGCUCGAGUUUGCGGAGAAAGCCAAAGCCCAGACAGUUACGUUGAUCAUGUUGGUCGAGGGACUAUACUCUGGUAGCAUGGACUUGGCCUAUGAGUCUGCCCACACAUUUAUGGGUAAAUACGAGAUGAAGGAGUGUGAUGGUCUGACUGAUAUUGCACACCCUUGCAAGUACAUGGGAUUCAAGUUUCUAAAGUCUAUCCAUUUGAUAGCGAUCACCACGAUGGGAGAAGCUCUGAAUUGCCUGUUGGUAAACUGUGUAUGCCUCCAAGAAGUUUCCCUUCAUUAUUGCCGAGGGUUUAGGGAUGAUAGGCUAAGAGUUGUUGGACCAUCAAAGCAAUUGAUGCACUUAAAGAUAGUGAAUUGCAGUGCCAAAGCACUUGACAUCAAUCAUCCAAACCUGGUAUCAUUUAGUUAUGAUGGAGAUUAUAAAACUUCCUUUCUCUGGAAUGCACCUCUCCUUGCUGAGGUAUCCCUGAAAUAUACUAGUGCUGUUUCUCAUUUUGUUGUGUUCUCUGACCUUUGCUCCUGUCAUCUUCAUAUGGAGGUGCUCAAGCUGAAUUCAACCCUGUUCUACGGGAAUCAUGGAAUUACAAAAUUAGCAAAUCUCAAACAUUUGGAAGUAAAGAUUGCAGCUGAUGAGGAUUGCUGUGUCCUUCUAUUAGCUUCCUUCAUUGAGGCAUCUCCAAAGUUGCAGAAACUGGUGUUGGAGUUGACAGGUAUUUUGAGACCCCAACCUAAGAUAGAAAUCAAGGAAGCUCCAAAAUUUUCCCAUGGUUCCCUCAAGGUAGUGGAAGUGAAAAACUAUCGUGGUCGCCCCGGUGAUUUGAAGCUUGUGAUGUACUUAAUAGACCAUCCUCUCGAACAAAUUAAUAGCGAAGAAAUGAGAGAGGUCUCUUUUAUGUAUCGUGCUAGGGACGAGAUGGGGCGAAAAGUGCCUAAACAAAUAGAAUUGACUCUGUUUCUGUUCCUUACUGGUUGCUUCUGGCCUUCUCAGGAUGACCGUAAUAACUUUCGGUUUGAUCGUCCGGUGUAUGUGUAA